CCUGCCGUCCGUACGUCGAAAAAAUUAGAUUCGGAGGUGUGCUGUAUGAUUAUGCCUCUCAAAUUUGUUCUUGGUCAAGAGCAGGAAUGCGCGGCUAGCUAAUUGCUUCACAAUAGCGCCCAAGAAGGUGGCUAACAUAAUUGUAUUCAACCACACUGCAGUGUUCUGCUGCAAACUAAUUUUUUAACCUUAUUGUGCACAGGUGAGCUGACGCUUGUUCUUGAAGAAUAAAACAGUAUCCAGGUUGUUGUGCUUUGAAAUAUCUUUAUUAUUAAUAACUGGCUUUUUCAAUCAAUUUUACUACCAUUCCCACAUCAAAAGUCCAUCAUCGACACAUUUUGUAUACCCUAUUAUACUCCAUAGACACUGAAUCAAACCGACCAGUUCUAGGUAAGCGGCCACCAUGACUCUUAGCCAGAUUCUAACCCGGAGAUCUAGCCGCUCCAAAAUAGUGUCUGGAUCGACCCCAACCUCCAUCGAGAGUCAGGCCCAAGGCAAAGUCGGAUCCCACAAGAGGUCUUCCAGCUUGAGGUCAUUUAUAAAUCGGUUCUCAGGGACCCAGAGCAAUUCCAGGCUGAGAACUUCACCGAAGCACCUGUUAGCAUUCAGCGAACCAUCCACUCCCAUCAUCAUUUCAUCUCCCAUACCCCCUUCCAUCGCAACUGACACCACAAAUGACAUUCCAGUGACUCCCGUUCAAAAUGACAAGUUCGAAAACCAAGUUUUAAACUACGAUAUCGUAUCUUUACAAGCCCUGUUCCUGAGGAUCAUGGAAGAACUGGACUCCAGUCCUGUCCAAGAUAGAGUGCAGUCGACAAAGGAAAACUGGAAUCCCAGUGAUUCUCUCUACAGCAUGAGUAGCGUGAUAGUAUAUCCUAAUGAUUUGGCUAGCAUAAAAAGAAGAAGUCUCGAGAUAUCUUUCGAUGAUGAGGCAUUGAGUCAUAGUACCAGCAGAAAUGAGGAUCCAAUAAUAAGUCUGUCUAAAGAAUUUGAUAAAGUCAAUUAUACUGAAUAUGGCUCCAUUACAAAUGCUGAUAUCCAGACAUUCAAACCGUAUUCUACGUCAAGGUCGAAGUUGAAAUUGGUUUUUACGGAGAGAGAAGAACAAGCAGACAAGGAGUACCUUCGUGAGAACCUCCAAAACAAAAUUCUUUCAAGAAAACUAUCCAGAAAUAGCAUCAUAGACGAUCUCUCACUAGAUGACCCAAUGCAAGAGGUGUGUUUGCAACAAGCGUUGGAGACAUCCUCAAAGGUACAACUGGCAAGUAUUGAAAAGAGCACCGAUGACAUUGUUGGCUUUGAAUUCAAUUCAAAUGAACAAGUUUACAGAAAUGAAAUGAUGAUUUUAGUUGAAAGUCAUAAGCGCAUUGUGACCAGACAACAAGACGAAAUAAAGAAUUUGAAAAAAUUGCUUGAACAGGAAAGAAACUUCAACAAGAUAUUGAGGUCUCCCAAACAAUCAGUGCCUACAUCUUCUACUGCAAAGAUACCAACUUUUAGAAGAAAAUUCAUUCCCAUGAGCAUCGAAGUAGAUUGUCCGCCAAUCAGGGCAUUCAACUUACUCCCUCCAUUCAACCCUCCCUCAGAACUGAGCCAUCUGGAUGUGAAGCAAGAUACAUCUGCAUCAAGCAUAAGUCCAAAAAGUGGAUCGUUCCCAAUCAAUUCUUUGAAAAACCUAACGAAACCUUCCCAAAAUGAGCCUAAUAAUGAAGUGCCUCAUACCAAAAAACCAUCAAAACGUGAUUCAUUCUCAAGUAUAAUUUGCCCUACAAGCAUUCUGAGGGGGCGGAAAUCGGCCACAUCUUCUAAAGUCAGCUCGAGAAUUUCGGGCUCUUCAACCUUGUAUUAUUCCGCUUUAGAAGAUUACGCUCAAAUUGGUGAAACUACAGAUUCCUUACCAAGACGCUCAUUAGCACCAUUGAUUGAGAACCAGAGAAAAGAUUCGGUAGCCUCCUCUACUUCUUCAAUCAUGAGUAAUCCACAUCAUAAUACCCCCAUGGAAAAAGAAGUCCAGAGUGGAAUCUCACAUAGCAUUUCCAACUCACUUUCAUCUUAUACCAUUCAUUCUAAUUCAACGACACCCGAAUCCGUGAAUUAUCACUCCAGUGUUUUCUCCAAACUACAUGCCCCAAACACGAAAUAGUCCAGUUCACAUGAUCAUGAUUUUUAAAUUCACUACUUAAUUUAUACCUCGGAGGCUUAACACUGUGCUCAUAUUGCUCUAAUCGAGCCGGAGAAGUAUUCAAGCCUAGCCUUUAGUUCAUUCUGUAUCAUUCCUUCCAUUUAUUGGGUUGUAAUAUUUAGCCAUUUACGAAUUUAUA